AUAUUUACAUUUUACUACAUAUUUAUUGUACAAACGUUGACUUUUUUAACAACUUCACAAUUAUAAUUAUUUUCAUAUCUAUCAUAUCAUUUAUUAGAUAUUCAAUAUUAUUUUAGAAAUAUCGCUUGUGAAUUACUAUUUGUGUACGUGUUUGGUUGUGUUUAUCACUUGGAAGUUGGAACCUUGGAACAUCUCUUGCUUUUUAGAGCGUAGUCCACGGUCCACAGCAAAGCGAUGGCAGAUUCCCAAAAAGAAAAUUUAAUUCGUAAUAUAACAAUGAAUGCCACAAUUCCAAUUGUUUUUCAUAAAUUUGUGAAUAAUUGGCCCAUGCGCCAUUGGGAUGUGGAAAAAUGGUGUUCUGUAUUUGGUGAAAGAGAAUUGCCGUUCCGUUGUUUAAAAAGAGAUUUCAGAUCUGAUGAACCUUGUUGGGAACGAAGAUGUAUUACUAAGAAAAUGAGUUUUAAAAAAUUUGUUGACAGUAUAGAAGCAAGUUCUGAAUGGAUGUAUUUUGAUUACAAGUAUGUUCAUCAGUGGUUUGAUGCAGACAGCGAAUUAUGUAAGGAAAUGUCUUGGAAACUAUUUGGAUAUGACAAAGGUGCUGUAGACACAACCAUUUGGGUUGGAACUGAUGGUUCACACACACCAGCACAUCAGGACACAUAUGGAUAUAACAUAUUUGCUCAAGUUCAUGGAAGGAAGAGAUGGAUUCUAUUCCCCCCUGACACUGCAGGGUUGAAACCAACAAGAGUGCCUUAUGAAGAAUCCAGUGUAUACAGUGAACUGAACUUCUAUUGUCCACAGAGUCUGGAUGUAUUUGCUGGAUUGACUGGGGGAAGAAUGGUGGAGCUGUCAGCAGGUGAUGCUCUCCUGGUCCCGCGAGGCUGGUGGCAUUACGUUCAGAAUAUUGAUGCGCUGAAUAUAUCACUUAACAUGUGGCUACCCCAUGAGAAGGAUCCUUCAGCACAUGUGUCGGAGGCUCUUAUUAAGAUAUUCAUUGGUCAAGUUUGUAAAGACCUGCCCAUUGAGACGGCCAGAAUGGUUGUUAAUCCUAACGAGUUUGACAUAGCUGAUACUCCGUUGGCGGUAUUGUUUCUACAAUUGGAGACAGUUGCCAAUACAUACAUAGACAAGAAACGCAGAGCUCUGCGGCUGAAGCGGCUGAAAACUCGAGAAGAACCCCAAGUGCCAGAUGAUGAGGAAUUUGAUCUGACUGCUGUUUUGGAAGAUCCUGAGAACAACAUACAAUAUGUGCCCAAUGUGACUAGUGAUGAUCUAGUUAAGGUGGUGAAGACUAACUUGACAAAGUAUGCUAAUGUUGACAGGUUGCCAGAUGAUGAUGAAGUGGAAGGUUCCAGUAGUCUCUGUCUCACAAAGGCUGUUAUUGAUGCGUUCUGCCAGGCCGAUGUUAUUGAACUUGUUAAACAAAACCUCUUAGCCAAACUCAGUUAGUUAGUUUUGAGCUACUCAAGAAUAUAUUAUAUCUGUAUGUCGAUCAUACAGGUUGUUGUAAUUUUUUAUUAGUGAAUAUUUUAUUAUAAAGAUGAGAUGUGUUCAUUAUAAUAAUUACUAUUACAACGAACCGUAAAUAGCAAAAAAAGUCAUGUUCAAUAUCACAUAUAUUUUUAACAAUAUGGUUGUUUGUCUUCUUUAAAGUAUAUAUCUUUUUUUUACGACAAUAAGGGUCGAGACGAGCAGGAUGUUCAGCUGAUGCUAAUUGAUACGCACUGCCCAUUACAAUGACGUUCUGCUCUCGAUUAUUGAAGACCCAAAAAUUCUGAGCGGCACUACAAUAUUGCGCUCGUCACCUUGAGACAUCAGAUUUUAAGUCUCAUUUGCCCAGUAAUUUCAGCCGCCCUUCGGACCGAAACAUAGUAAUGUUUACAAAUUACUGCUUCACGGCAGAAAUAGGCGCCGUUGUGGUACCCAUGAUUUGGCCGGCAUCCUGUGCAAAGGAGCCUCCCACUGGUAUCUCCACCCAUAUAUUAAUAUUACUAUAAUAUAUUUUUAUUAUUGAUAAGUACAAUUUAUUAGUAUUAUACAAGACUUUUUUACAUGAUAGAGAAAUAAUUUUGUACCUACGUUUUUUGUUUGAUUAUUCCUAUUGUUUUUUAUGCUUCCAUUUCUUAUGUUGCUCAGUAUAUCACAAAUAUCCUGCAGGAAACAGGUCGUGUGUCAUUACCAAACUAGUAUAACAGUAAACAGGUCGUGUGUCAUUACCAAACUAGUAUAACAGUAAACAGGUCGUGUGUCAUUACCAAACUAGUAUAACAGUAAACAGGUCGUGUGUCAUUACCAAACUAGUAUAACAGUAAACAGGUCGUGUGUCAUUACCAAACUAGUAUAACAGUAAACAGGUCGUGUGUCAUUACCAAACUAGUAUAACAGUAAACAGGUCGUGUGUCAUUACCAAACUAGUAUAACAGUAAACAGGUCGUGUGUCAUUACCAAACUAGUAUAACAGUAAACAGGUCGUGUGUCAUUACCAAACUAGUAUAACAGUAAACAGGUCGUGUGUCAUUACCAAACUAGUAUAACAGUAAACAGGUCGUGUGUCAUUACCAAACUAGUAUAACAGUAAACAGGUCGUGUGUCAUUACCAAACUAGUAUAACAGUAAACAGGUCGUGUGUCAUUACCAAACUAGUAUAACAGUAAACAGGUCGUGUGUCAUUACCAAACUAGUAUAACAGUAAACAGGUCGUGUGUCAUUACCAAACUAGUAUAACAGUAAACAGGUCGUGUGUCAUUACCAAACUAGUAUAACAGUAAACAGGUCGUGUGUCAUUACCAAACUAGUAUAACAGUAAACAGGUCGUGUGUCAUUACCAAACUAGUAUAACAGGAAACAGGUCGUGUGUCAUUACCAAACUAGUAUAACAGUAAACAGGUCGUGUGUCAUUACCAAACUAGUAUAACAGUAAACAGGUCGUGUGUCAUUACCAAACUAGUAUAACAGUAAACAGGUCGUGUGUCAUUACCAAACUAGUAUAACAGUAAACAGGUCGUGUGUCAUUACCAAACUAGUAUAACAGUAAACAGGUCGUGUGUCAUUACCAAACUAGUAUAACAGGAAACAGGUCGUGUGUCAUUACCAAACUAGUAUAACAGUAAACAGGUCGUGUGUCAUUACCAAACUAGUAUAACAGUAAACAGGUCGUGUGUCAUUACCAAACUAGUUAAAAGACUACAGAGAAGACUUAAUAAAUAGUAAUAAUUCAGUGUAUAAUUAUAAUUAUUAAAUUACAUUGUAUUUUGUGCAAGAUGUAAGACGUACACUUCAGUCUAGCGAAACUCUCUAAGAAAACAGCGAUUUGCUCGAUUGUAUGAAACAUGCAGUCAUUGAUAGAUUGACAGAUGACGGCUAUAAUCUUGUAAAAACGGAGAAGGCCGAAAUUCACUACGUUUUACGCAGUGAAAACUUGUUAAUGACAGCUCGUUUGCAAUAACCUGCAAGGCAAACCUUUGUAUCAUAAUGUACUAUUCUCCAACCAUGGAACAAAUAAAAAAAUAUUUGUUAUGCCGCGCAAGUAGCGUACCAAAAAAUUUUUAUACGUUUACCACGUAUGAGUGAUGUCAACAUUGCGCAGGUCCGGUGCCUUUAUAAAAGAAGUGAAGUACAAAGAGGAUGUAAAUACUACGUAAUAAGAGGCGGGACUGCCUAAGUAAAAAUUGAAAUUUAGUUUACAUUGACGAAGUAUAAUCCGGCUAAGUUUGAAAGCGAACAGUUGAUUAAAACGUAGUGGAUUUCGGCUACCUCCGUUUUUUACUAGACGUAAUCUCACAGUAAUUGUUCAUAGAAUAGUUUUUUUCUUAGAGUGUUUCCCUCGGCUGUAAGAAAGUAACGACCGCCUAAAAGAAAGAUGUCUAUGCGAAUUUUUAAUCUUCGAAUCCCAGAAAAAAAAAUAUGUGCGGCAGCACAUAGGUACGUUUUAUUAGCUAUUAUUGUAACACAAGACGGGUUACUUAAUUCAUAAUUAAAACCCACGAUGUUCAUAUAAAAUAUGGUACAUAUUACGUAUAUGUAAAGUUCAGGUGCUGCCCGUAUUUUAAAGAUUUGAAUAAAAAUAGAAUAUUGUGUUAACUCUGAAAGAGCGAUGAUAUCACAGCACGAAUCUAUCAUAAAUCACGUUUUUUGUUUAUCAUAACCAAGCUUGUUUAUGUAGGAACCCGUUACAUAAACCGCAUAAUGAUAUCUCGUAAACACAAGCGGGUUUAGGGUCUUAAGUGGCCGGCGCCGAGUUUGGGCGCCGAAAGAACUCAGCUGGUGGUUUCUGCGGGCGCGCAGGACGUGUUGGCAUAUCAUAGGUUAAACAAAGGAACCUUAUAGCAGUCUGUUAAUGACUGAAUUGAAAUGUGUUUAAGUUAAAAUGAAACUAGCAAUGAUCGAGUUAUUUUUCAACGUUUUUACAAUAUCCGUUCGCCAUAGUGGUGAACUAAUUAAUAAUUCUUAUAUUUUUUCUUGCUGGUUUAGUAUAGUGGAUUUUUGUUCUUUUUUAUAUGUAAGAACAUUAUUUCAGUUUAAUUUGAAAUAGUGAUUAAGUGGUUGUUAUACUUUUAAAGUAGUUCUAUAUUGAAUUUAUUAAAUUGUGAAGAUGUGAUAUUUUUUUGAUAAAUAAGGCGGCAAUUUAUAAGCCUAGUCAAUAGAGAAAUAAUCUAAAAUAGCGCUUCGCAAUUGUAAUUAUAAGUACGGUUAAUAAAAAUUUCAUGCUUAUUUUUGCCUACAUUUCGGCCUCUUCUAUUAAAGUAAACUUAGAUAAUAUAUACGCUUAGAUAGAGUCUCUUAAUGUUAGAAAACUGAUAAAAACAGACAAGGAUUAUUAGUUUAGUGUGCGUUACAAGCUACGUUAUACACUCGCGAUUUGUAUGACACUGUGUUAGUGUGCGUGAAUUGCUCAAAAUAGAGGUAAGUUCUAAACUCAAUUUUAUCGACGUUUUUACAGCUGACAUGGUCUUUCCUGACGUAUUAAUGGUUCAUUCAGUGCUGAUUAUUGCACGCAGUACUGCUGCGUGUCGAUCUCCUACUCUUAUUGAGACAUGCCACGUAGAUCAAAUCACUUGUGUUUUUGUAAAGGUACUCAAUACUCAUGUCACAACACGAUUUGGCUUUUUUUUACGACCUGUGUUGUAAAUGGCUGUAUGACAACAUUUUCAACAUUUUAUAGAAAGUUUUUGUGACAACCCUGGCCUAUUAUUACAUUGGCGACUACACGUAGAGACAGCGUUCAAAAGAGUUGACCCACUAUUUGUAUUUAGGCACGUGAGACGCUCACAUUUGGGAAAAAUGGGACAGAACGAUAAGCAAACUAUUUUAGAUUCUUCUUCAUACUGACUUGGCUUAUAUCUAAUAAACGAUUGUAUGGUUCGGAAGUGUUGCAAUAUGUGUAAUAAAAUAUUUAUUAUGCAAUAUAUGGUUUUAUUUUUA